AUAGUCGGGGAGAGUCUGGUGUUUAUAUUCUGGUUUGUUUACAUCGUUCAUCAAAAUUUCAGGCAAACUUAGAUCAUGGUUGUAGUCUUGUGGCAGAAUUGGGGAGAACAUGUGGGGCGACAGUUACCGCAUUUUUUGGCUGGAGCCACACUCACAGACGUGACCAUCACUGUGGGACCCCGUAGCAUCAAAGCUCAUCGGAUAAUAUUAGCUUUUUUUAGUCCAUUUUUUAAAAAAAUGUUGGAAGAAGUCAGCGAAGAGCGGCCUAUGGUGGUCGUGUUUCCUGGAGUCAACUUUGAUGCUCUACAGGUCAUUGUUGCCUACAUGUACCGUGGCCAGGUUAAUGUCCCAGCAGAACUUCUACCCCAUGUUAUUGAGCUUGCAAAGAUGCUGAAAGUGAAAGGUCUUAUUGAAUUACCUGCUCAGCUGGACACUGUCAUUGCAGGGUCUGGAGGAAAAGUUGCAGCCGCACAUGAAGCUGUGAAUCAAGAGCACCUGGACAUGCACCAUGAAGAUGAAGGGUUAGUAGAGUUCGAAGUAACUGCUGCAGAACAUGAGCCAACAGUCACUAGUAAUGCACAGCAACAGUCAGUCAACACCCACAACCCCAUGACUGUUAUGACCCAGAAUUCAGCAGAUGUUCAGCCUGUAUCUACCAUUCAGAUUCAGCACUCAGAACACACAGAAUCAGAAAAGAUGGAGGCUGCAGUUGCUAGGAGAGUAGAAAUUGCAAAGGGUGAGGUUGAAGAUGAAGAUGAACAUGUGCUCAUUCAGCCAGAAGACAUUCAGUUGUCUACAGUGGAUGAUCUGACUCACACACAGAUAGUUAAGCUGAGUGAGAAUGGAACUGUGGGUGAGGUGCUGUUUAGUGGUGACUACAUCCAUAGUGAGAGAGCUGGAGAUGAUCACCAUGCUUCUGCAGAUGAUUCAAUGUGUUUACAGGAAGGGCAAGAUUAUGCUGCAUCGAAAAAGAGGCGGAAAGUUAUAUACAAGUUAGCAAGAUAUGGGCCAGAAGAUCUUCAAAGAGCAAUAGAAGAUGUGCGUUCAGGCAUGGGAACGCUGCGUGAGAUUGCUGAAAGAUAUGGUGUUCCACAUUCCACUCUCUCUGUAAAUGCACGGAUGGCAGGAAUUUCAGUUCAGCAACGAAACCUGGAUUAUGAUAAUGAGACACUAGAAGCAGCCAAGCAGGCAGUAAAAGGAGGGUCAAGCUACAUGAAAGUCGCUCGGGAGUACAACAUCCCUAAAUCAGUGCUUUGGAGACGAUGUCAGAGAGAGGGUGUGCUAAGAGGAGAAGCCCGUCGUUGCUACAACUAUUCCCCUGACGACAUAGACCAAGCAAGACAAAUGCUGCUUGGUGGACGGCCACUCUCCACCAUUGUCAAAGAUACAAAGAUUCCAAAGACAACUUUGUUUCGCAUCAAAGAACAACUGGUGAGAGAGGGAAAGAUGCCAGCUUCAUGUAUCAACCGUUCCAUCCGUCCUCGAAGACCCUCAGAAAAUUCCCUGCAACAAGCCAUCACAGCAUGCAAGGAGGAAGGCAUGUCUCAGGGCAGAGCCUCUGAAAAAUUUCAGGUCUCAAAGACAACAGUGUGGCGUCGUUUGAAAAGAAUGAAGCAGCUAGACCCAGACCAAAGAAAUAGUGAGAAUGAGAUAGACAGACAGAAUGUAAAGAUUGAGGUUGUUGAUAAUAUCACAGGAGAUCAUCUUCCUGAUACUUAUGACGAAGGAAUCACAAUGAGAUAUGCUGAAGAUGGAGACUUACGUUAUGUUGACACCAUAGAUGGGCAGAACUCUGAGGAAAGAACACUUGAUUGUGAGACUGUGAGUGCUAAAUAUGCAAAUUUGAGUGGUACUGAAAAAUUGCUUCAAAAUAAAGAUGCUGGUCAGGCAAAAAUGGGGACAGAAAAGCACGUUUCUUAUGAAGUUGUACCAGAAUCUUCUAUAGUACAAAGUGAGGGCCAGAAUAUUGUUAUAGCCAGUUCCCAGUCUUCGUUUAUUGACAGCAAACAUCUUGGGAUAUUUACAAGUGAGGGACACAUGAUUCCUACUGGAGAGCAAUUAACUAUUACCCAAGAUAAUAAGGUGGUUCCAGCAACAGAAGGAUCAAGAGAAAAUGCAGGGAAUACCCAGUUCGAGUUAGAAAUGCCUUUGAUGAAUCUCCCAGGUGGAGGAUACCAGGUUGUUGGGAGUGAGAUUGUUAUAGGGGGCCAGCAGAUGGUUGUCUUGGAGCCAUCUGGAUCAAACCCUCAUCACCCAACCAACAGUGACCACCAUCUGGUUGUUGCUUCAUUCAGUCAGAUGGAUGGCUUGGAUGACCUGUCAAAGGUUGAGAGGACGGUCAGUGUUGAAAACCUCGAAACAGAGAACCAGCAAGUUGAAGAUAUGAAGCAAGAUGGUUCAAGAUCACAACAAAACUCCGACUAGUGAUAUUUAUUCCUGAGUUGUGAGUUGAAGCCGAAUGUAAUUGAAGGUCUAUUAGUAGGCUCUUUGUGUUUCAUAUGAUAACUGUAUUCGGUUACAUUUUGUGUGAAGAAUAUUCUGAAAAAAAAAAUUGCAUUAUUAUUAUUAUUAAUAAACUUAUUAUUAAUAUUAUUACUAUUGUUAUUGUUUGUGUUAUUCAUAUUAUUAUUAUUAUCAUCAGUUAUUAUUAUUAUCAUUAUUUUUACUAUUAUUAUUAUUAUUAUUAUUAUUAUUAUUAUUAUUAUUAUUAUUAUUAAUGUUGCUAUUAUUGUUAUUAUCACAAGCAUAAUUGUUUAUGGUCACUGUAAUUGUUUUUAUUGCAAUUAGCAUUUUUAUUGUUAUUGGUGUAGAUUCAAGAGGGCAAAGAAAAGGCUUGUGUGCUAAGGUGUAAACACUAUAUAUACUCACUGAAGUAUUUCCACUACUUUGCUGAAAAUGGAUUAGGAAUUCGCUGAUAAGAAAUAGCUCUUUUCUUUGGGAGUUUAUAAUGAUAAAAGUGGUUGAUGCAAAGAAUGAAAAUAAAAGGAGAGUAAUACUAAAGACCUCCUUCAUGUAUGCUGUAUUUUUCUCACUUCAAUUGUGCAUGUAUUUUCCCAAAUGAUGUGAAAGUUGUAACAUCAGUCAUGUAUAUUUUGUAAGUAGCUCCAUAUUGGAGAGAUUUUUGUAAAUAGGUAGGUCAGAGUAUCACAGAGCCUUUUUCCCCUCAUUAAAAAAUUGGUUUAUUACUUGUCAUUAAAUGAAAUAUACCUGUAUUUUCAC